CACAUGACUCACGACACAAGCGUGUUUUCACGAAUACAAUUUUGGCUUUGGCUCCAUCGUCUUUCAACGGCUAACAAUUCUCCAUUUUUUUCCCUCGGAAAAACUCCCUAUUCUCCUACCAUUUAUAAGGUGCAUUCAAUGGUCAGUAGUUCUUCUCACAAAGGAGUUGAAAAAUGGAACCCUUGAGAAAGUCUUUGAAAUCAUACUGUUCUAGUGCAAAACAGCAACAAAACCCUGAACAGCAACCUCUCCUGGUUCACUCCGACGACAGUCAUACGGCAGAGUCCUUUGAUGCUCGCAAGCAGAGAGAAGAAGUGGUCGUCAACAUAGACGACUGCAGCGAUGCUGCUGUCAAGGAAAAUGGGAACAACACCUCAAGGGUUCAACAACCUUCAGGUUCAUCCAAGAAAUCCAAAGUUUCAUUUCAUGAAGUGUUGACUGAAGCUGUGAGGCAAAAGAGCAAGGACGUCUCAGGCCAAGCACCCCAGUGGUCUUCUGGUUUGGGUGGAGGACAGUUUUUGAGGUGUGAUUCAACUGAUUAUCUUCGUCAAAACUCAUGGAGGCAAUUGGUGAAUAAAACCAAGUCCAGGUUGCUUGACCCACUUGAGGACCGAUAUGGAAGGAGCAACAGUAUGUACUCUGAAGACGAGUUCAAAGAAAAUAACAAUGACGAGGGAGACAAUCCAGAUGAAUACAAGGCACUGAAGUUCAAUUUACUGACGAUACUUCAGUGGUUAAGUCUGGUUCUAAUUAUAGCAGCCUUAGUUUGUAGUGUCUCCAUCCCUGGUAUCAAAAGUCUAAGGCUUUGUGACCUUCAGUUAUGGAAAUGGGAGAUAAUGGUUUUGGCAUUAAUCUGUGGACGACUUGUUUCGGGAUGGGGAAUCCGAUUAGUUGUGAUCCUCAUCGAGCGCAAUUUUCUUCUGCGAAAACGAGUUCUCUAUUUCGUGUAUGGAUUGAGAAAACCUGUUCAGAACAGCCUCUGGUUAGGUCUCGUAUUGCUGGUGUGGCGUUUGAUAAUAAAUGACAAAGUCCAGGAGGAGACCGACAGCAAGGUGUUACCAUACGUAACCAAGAUUCUCAUAUGUUUCUUGGUGGCUACCUUGAUAUGGCUCGUCAAAACCCUCCUUGUUAAAGUCCUUGCUUCAUCAUUCCAUGUAAAAACCUUCUUUGACAGGAUCCAGGAAGCUCUUUUCAAUCAACACGUCCUUGAGAUACUCUCUGGUCCUCCCUUGUUUGACAAAGAAGAAGAACAGGAUAAUGAACCCGAGAUUGAGGACUCACAAAAUACCAGCACCCUUCCUCCAAGGACUGAGGCAGCACAAAAAACCAGUAAGGUCAAGAAUAGUCCCAGGAUUUCAAAGCUAAUAUCUAAGAGGAAAGCUGAGAAUAUCCAACUCGACCACCUUCAGAAGCUGAAUCAGAAGAAUAUAUCAGCUUGGAAUAUGAGGAGGAUGAUUAAUAUGGUUAGCCGCAGGAACUUGACUACCCUGGAUGAGCAGAUACUCAACUGUGAGAGAGAUGAUGAAUCAUCAGUGCAGAUUAGAAGUGAACACCAAGCAAACGAAGCAGCUAACAAGAUUUUCCAGAAUGUUGCUAAGCCAGAGUCUCAAUACAUUUACAUUACAGACCUUAUGCGCUUUAUGGGUCGAGAUGAAGCUAUAAAGGCAUUGCAAGUCUUCGGAGCAGGAAGUGAAGACGAAGAAAUCAACAAGGCAUCUCUCACCAAUUGGCUGGUAAUGGGAGUGGAAUUCCCUUCUUUUUUCUUUUGUCUUAAGUUGUUUAGAGACACACUAAAAGACCUUUUUUUCAUCUUCAAGGUCAAUGCCUUCAGAGACCGAAAAGCACUUGCAUUGUCCCUAAAUGACACAAAAACUGCCGUGGAUGAACUCCACAACAUGUUGAACAUCGUAGUAGCCAUUAUCAUUAUCAUAAUUUGGCUCAUCAUACUAGGAAUCCCUGUCUCCCACUUCCUUGUUUUCAUAAGCUCACAACUUCUUUUGGUGGUGUUUAUCUUCGGGAAUACAUGCAAGACUGUAUUUGAAGCAAUAAUCUUUUUAUUCAUUAUGCAUCCAUUCGAUGUGGGUGAUCGCUGCGAGGUGGAUGGAGUGCAGAUGGUAGUAGAAGAAAUGAAUAUAUUAACCACAGUGUUCUUAAGGUAUGAUGGCCAAAAGCUUGUAUAUCCGAACAGCUUAUUGUCUACCAAGCCCAUCGGAAACUUCUACCGAAGUCCAGACAUGGUUGAAACACUUCAAUUUUGCAUCCAUGUUUCAACUCCACCAGAGAAGAUUGCCACCAUGAAAGAAAGAAUUAUUGGGUACAUAGAGAGCAGGGAGCACCACUGGCAUCGUAACCCACUGCUGGUUGUCACGGAUGUAGAAGAGAUGAACAAGCUGAAGUUUUCGGUAUCGUCGAAGCACAAAAUGAACUACCAAAACAUGGCGGAGAGAUGGAUUAGGAGAGGCCAUUUACUUGAAGAAACGAUUAAAAUACUUAAAGAGCUUGACAUUGAAUAUCGGUUGCUGCCUAUGGAUGUGAAUGUGAGGAACAUGCCUAAUUUGGUUUCACACAGGCUGCCUUCAAAUUGGAGUACUUGUCUUAGCUAAGCUAAUUACUGGUGUAGAAGAUUUAAUAAUCUUGGUGGGAGUUUGAGAGCACUGUUGGUUCAAUAUCCAUCUUUCUGUCUACUAGAUAGUAAGUUCAAGACAAAACAAAGCACUGUCUCAUCCCAUGACUUGGGGGAUAGCCUCUAAAUAUAGAUGGGUAUAGAUUUACUGUAUGUUUUGGGGAGGAUGGUACAAAGAGUUGAAUAACAUUUUGUGAAGACAAAUGAUUAUGUUAGAUAAUAUCGAAGUGGCAUGUAUAUAUAUAACAAGAAUAAUCACAGAUAUAUAUAUAUAUAUAUAUAUUAAGAAA